CAACAAUGGGUUCUUCUAGUCUCUUCAAGUACUAUGUUGUCUUGCUUUUCAUAAUGAGAUUAUGUACCCUGGCCGUAGCCAAAGAUGGUUCUCCUACAGGUUAUCAUGGCACAGAGAGGGACGCGCUUAUGGCGAUUAGAGCUGAACUCAACAAUCCUAAAUUGCUCCAAAAGAAUUGGACAGGCCUCAUGUGUUACAUGAAUAACACUCCAAAUUGGCACGGUAUUAACUGUAUCAACGGUCGAGUCACUGGGCUUGUGCUAGAAAAUCUUGGCCUUAGGGGAAAACUGAAGCCAAAUGCACUCGUCAAUCUCACUCAAUUGCAGACACUUAGCUUCAAGAACAAUUCCAUAUCAGGAAACUUGAUGGACUUCUCCAAAAACCAAAAUCUGAAGAACCUUGAUUUAUCCGGUAACAUAUUUGAUGGAGAAAUUUCACCUUCUCUUCUAACACUAAAUUCCUUAGGGUCAUUGCAGGUACAGAACAACAAAUUGAAUGGUCCAAUUCCCGGUUUUAAUCAGUCAACUUUAAAAGUUUUCAAUGUCUCGAACAAUAAUCUUUCUGGUGAAAUUCCAAACACAAUCGCUCUUCAAAAGUUUGGUCCUUCCUCGUACUUAGGUAACAGAUAUUUAUGUGGUCUUCCUUUUACUAACAAAACUUGCUCCAUCAAGUACAAUGAUUCAUCUUCUCCGAGUCCAAGUGAUGAUUCACAUAAUGAAUCUUCAAAGAGUUCAAAAUCAUCCAUGUGGACACCAAUCUUGAUAGUAAUCAACGUUGUGGGCAUGGUUGUACUUUUAUUUCUUGUCAUGUACUACUUCAAGAAAACAAAAAAGCUUAAGAAAAUGCUGGCAAAAAGGGAUACAAGAUUAACGAAUGUUGAAAAAAUCGAGACUAGCAAAAUUGAGAUCGCCGCGACAUCAACAGAAACCAGGAGCCUGGAAUCAAGAAGUAAUAUGGUAUCAGAAGUUGAAUUAGAGAAGGGAAAAUUGAUAAUACUAGGAAGUGAAAUAAAUUUUGAAUUAGAUGAUUUACUGAGAGCAUCAGCAGAAGGUUUGGGAAAAGGAAAUUUCGGAAAUUGUUACAAGGCAAUGAUGGUAGAUGGACCAACUGUUGUGGUGAAACGUUUGAGGGAUUUGAAACCUUUGACAAAUGAUGAAUUUGUGAGACAAGUAAGAGCUAUUGGUGAUAUCAAACAUCCUAAUUUGUUGCCAUUUCUUGGUUAUUAUAAUACAAAGGAUGAGAAGCUGCUUCUUUUGAAAUUUGCACCCAACGGAAGCUUGUACAACCGCAUUCAUGGAGGAAAAGGGACGAGAGAUAGGAUUCCAUUUCGAUGGAGCUCAAGAUUAUCAGUUGCUCGUGGUGUCGCUCGAGCACUAGAACAUCUACACCUGAAUGCCAGCUCCUCCAAAGCUGCCGCAGUUGUUCCCCAUGGCAACCUCAAGUCCACCAACGUUUUACUUGAUGAAAAUGAUGAUGUCCGUGUCUCUGACUUUGGUCUCACUUCCCUUAUUGCCCUUCCCAUCGCUACUCAACGUAUGGUUUCCUAUCGAUCACCCGAAUAUCUGGCUUCCAAGAAAGUGUCCAAGAAAUCUGACGUCUGGAGCUUUGGCUGCCUUCUCCUGGAACUGUUAACAGGUAGAAUUUCUUCACAUUCUGCUCCCCCGGGAGUCACCGGUGCGGACCUCUGCAGUUGGGUUCAUAGAGCCGUCCGAGAAGAAUGGACGGCUGAGAUAUUCGACACGGAAAUAGCUGUUCAGAGAAGUGCCAACUCAGGGAGGGUACGGUUGCUGCAAGUUGCAAUAAAGUGUUGUGACAAAUCUCCGGAAAAAAGACCGGAGGUAAGUGAGCUUUUGAGGGAAGUGGAAAGUAUUAGCGGUACGGUACUUGAAUCGGAAGAUGAAGAAGAUCUAUCCUUGCCCAUGACAGAUGAUUCCAUAGCAACUGACACUCCGUCUCGAUAAGAUAUGUUACAAACAGCAUCCCAUGAUUCGGAAUAUAUGUAUGAUGCAGCUAGCAUGUAAUAGUAAGGUCGAUCACUUCGACAACGUCGUUGCUUCCUAUUAUUUAGGACAAACAUAUCAAUUAUUAACUCAUUGUUUCUUCAUAAUAUAUACAGGCCAUGCAGCUAGUGUGCAUGACAGCAUAUAAUGUUCUCAUCAUCAUUGUAUUACGUGCUUAGCUUGCUUUAGAGAAAAAUCACUAGGGUAGGGACUAGGGAAUGCUUUCCUCUGUUGUCAAAAAGUAAGUGCUCAAUAAAUGAGUUGUGGUUUCGUUAGUAUCUGUUAGUCCGUACGUAUACAUGUGUAUACAGUAUAGAUUAGUAUAAUGAGCAGUAGUUAGUUGUGCAAUGCGCUCUACACAAAUUAUGAUAC